AUGGGAGGGUGUGAGGGCGAUAGACUUAGCAACCUUCCAUGUGAUAUCAUGGAUAACAUUCUUAAGUUAUUGCCUUUGGUUGAAGCUGUGAGAACAAGCAUUCUCUCAAGAGAAUGGCGGUAUAAGUGGGUAACUAUUCCACAUCUCAUUUUUGAUCCAAAAACUUUCCCACCAAAAUCAAUUACUAAAAAGUACAUAGCUUGGUCCGUUAUCUAUCAAGUAUUGUUACUUCACAAGGGACCUAUAGUCAAGUUCUCACUCAAAACUGGUCCUAAAACGAUUUAUAGUCCUUAUCUUGACCACUCCCUGCAAUUCUUGUCAAAUCAUCCCAUAGAAGAACUCACACUUGAUCAUCUCCCGUUUGGCCCGAUUCCUCACUUUCUAUUUGCUUUUGAGCAUCUCAAACAUCUGUAUCUUGUUGAUGCUGUUCUUAGGCCUCCUCGCACCUUCAAAGGAUUAGGUAGGCUUGUCACUCUUCACCUUGAGCAGGUCGACUUUAUGCCUGGAGAGUUUAAAAGGGUUAUCUCUCAAUGUCCAAUGCUCGAGUGUUUGAAUUUGAUACACACUUGUGACGUAUAUACAUGGGGCGACCUUGAGGAUAUUGAUGCUCCUAAUCUCAAGUCCUUUUAUUUCUCAGGCUUCCUCACAUUAAUUAGUUUUAAAAAUGCACCACUCCUUACUGAAUUGUCAAUGAUGUCUUGGUCAUACGGACUUGAUGACUAUAAGAAUGAUUUGAUUGAGUAUUUCGAUGUACGUGGUUCCGUCACAAGGCUGGUGUACGAUGACCACUUUUUCAAUGUCUUGAGUAGAUGUGGCCUGCCACAGAAACUUCCUCACAACCUUAACUUUCUACAGUUUCUUUCGUUUCCUAGAAUUUCGUUUAGUUCCAUAUCAGAAGUGAGUUGUGCAGUUUGCUUGAUCAGAAGCUCUCCUAAUUUGCGGAGUCUUGAAAUUACUUUAUCAACCAGCUCAGAUGUGCCGGAAAUGAAGACAACCGCUGAAUUUCUGAUGAAGAUGCAAAAGGAAGGUGAAUUUCCUGUCAUGAGUCGGCUUGAAUAUGUGAAGAUUGAAGCACUCUCAGGUUUGGAACCCGAAAUGGAAUUCGUGAAGCUUCUCCUGUCAGCUGCAACUGUUCUUAGGAAACUUGAAAUCUGCUCCAUAUAUUCAGGAGCAGGAUCAGAAGCGGGAUCCAAGAUGUUCAGUGAGUUGUUGAGUUUCAGACCAGCAUCACCAAACGUCCAAUUCAUAUUGGAACAUCUUAAUCUUAAUCCCAUUUGA